AUGCGUGUCGUGGCCACGUCCAACCGCUCAACGUCGCUGUGUAACACCAACAGCUCAGGAAAAUGUCCGUUGCCCCCAACACUUCCGGCAGGAAACCACAGAAGAAGAAUCCACAAAUGGCAGCGAUCGAAGAAAACGGACCGCCGACUCAUUGGAUGUACUUGGUGUACUCAGGACCAGCGUGAUGUGUCGUCGUCCCAGGCGAGGGAGAAGCUGCAGGGCCUUUUGAACAAGAACAUGAGGAUCCGCAUGACCGACGGUCGGACCCUGGUGGGCCUUUUCCUCUGCACGGACCGCGACUGUAACAUAAUCCUUGGGUCCGCUCAGGAGUUCCUCAAAUCCACAGACACUUUCUCCCAGGGUGAACCCCGAGUUCUGGGUCUGGCCAUGAUCCCGGGUCACCACGUGGUGUCCAUUGAAGCCGAGGCGGACACUCUGGAUGACACGCAAGAUUUAGGCGUGAACCAUUAGGAUAUGGACCUUUGAAAGUGGGAGAGUGGACUUUUUAUUUCGUUCAUUUUGAAUAGCUCGGGAGGCCAGGCUGAAAAGCUUCAAUUUGAUGUAUGGUAUUAUUCGCUUUUGGGUGGAAAUCUCAAACGUUCAGAGGUAAACGGAGUCAAACAAAU